UUCUCACAUUUCAUGCUCUCAACUAUUCAACAAAAUGCCUAAACUUGUUUACCAAGAAAAAUAGUACUACUACUAAGUGUUUCCCAAGAAAAAAUGGAAUUAUUUGGUAGAAGCACCUUGUUAUGUUUGUAGAUUUCACUCCAUAUAAAAUAAAUCGCACAAAUCAAAACCUAAUCACCAAUAUCAAGCGCCAAAUCGAUGCCAGGUGGUGGUGCAACCCGCACGAGCGUCCGAAUCGCCGUCAUCGGCGACCGCGGCACCGGAAAAUCCAGCCUCAUCGCCGCCGCCGCAGCGGAGUCCUUCCGCCCCGAAGUUCCUCCCGUCCUCCCUCCCACUCGUCUACCGUCGGAUUACUAUCCCGAUAACGUCCCCAUCGUCAUCAUCGACACCUCCAGCAGUUUGGAGUACCGAGGGAAGCUUGCCGAGGAAUUGAAGCGCGCCGAUGCUGUAGUGUUGACGUAUGCGUGCGAUCAGCCUCUGACGCUGAAUCGCCUCAGUACAUUCUGGCUCCACGAGCUUCGGAGAUUAGAGGUCAUAGCGCCGGUAAUUGUGGCUGGUUGCAAGCUCGAUAGGAGAGAUGAAGAGUACAAUUUGAGUGUUGAAAUGAUGCCACUUAUGCAGCAGUUUCGGGAGAUUGAGACUUGCAUAGAAUGUUCGGCAGCUAAUAUGCUCCAGAUCCAAGAAGUGUUCUACUUUGCUCAAAAGGCUAUCCUUCACCCUACAGCUCCUCUGUUUGAUCAAGAAACCCAGGCUUUGAGGCCACGAUGCAUGAGAGCGCUGAAAAGGAUAUUUACUCUUUGUGAUCUUGAUAUGGACGGUGCUCUCAAUGAUGACGAGCUAAAUGAAUUUCAGGUGAAGUGCUUCAACUCUCCUUUACAACCUGCGGAAAUAGUGGGUGUCAAGAGUGUGGUUCGAGAAAAGUUGCCUGAAGGGGUGAAUGAACUUGGUCUUACCUUAACAGGGUUUCUUUUUCUUCACGCUCUUUUUAUAGAGAAAGGACGAAUUGAGACCACAUGGACCGUUUUGAGAAAGUUUGGCUACAAUGAUGAGCUAAAACUUGGGGAUGAUUAUUUAUUCUUUCCCAAAAAAAAGGCUCCUGAUCAGAGUGUUGAAUUAACUAGUGAAGCAGUAGAGUUUCUAAAGGGAAUAUUCAGCACAUUCGAUGAUGACAAAGAUGGAGUUCUUCGGGAAAAUGAGCUUGAAGAUCUAUUUUCAACUGCACCAGAAAGUCCUUGGGAUGAAGCUCCUUAUAAGGAUGCAGUUGAUAGAACUCCACUGCGUGGGUUGUCUAUUUCUGGAUUUUUAUCUCAGUGGGCUCUUAUGACAAUGUUGGAUCCUGCUCAAACUAUAGCCAACUUGAUAUAUGUUGGCCACAACUGUGAUGCGGCAUCAGCCCUGCACAUCACUAGGAGGAGAUUACUAGAUAAGAAGCAACAACAAACGGAACGAAAUGUCUUCCAGUGCUUUGUUUUCGGACCUAAAAAAGCUGGAAAAUCUGCUUUACUGACAUCAUUGCUGGGAAGGCCCUUUUCUGAAAAUUAUACUCCGACAACUAGUGAAAGAUAUGCUGUGAAUAUUGUUCAGCAACACCCUGGCAAUAAGAAGACGUUGAUACUCCAGGAGAUACCGGAAGAUGGAGUCAAGAAACUUUUGUCAAAUAAAGAAUCUUUGGCAGCAUGUGAUGUUGCUGUUUUUGUGUAUGACAGCUCAAGCGAAUCAUCUCUCAACGGAGCAGUAGAAUUGCUCUCUUACGUAGCCAGGCAAGGGGAAGAGAGUGGUUUUGGGAUGCCUUGUCUCCUAAUAGCAGCAAAAAACGAUUUAGACACAAGCUCAACGUCAAACAGGGAUUCAGCCAAGAUUUGUGUGGAUAUGGGGAUCGAUGCGCCAAUUCCUAUAAGUGUGAAAGAAAGAGAUAUAAAUGAUGUCUUCUCCAGAAUUUUGAAGGCAGCUCAGCAGCCUCAUCUCAAUGUUCCCGAAACUGACCAGGGACGCAGCCAAAAGCGAUACAAGAAGCUUGCUAAUUAUACUCUCAUGUCUCUCUCAGUUGGAGCUGCGGCUACUUUUGUCGGGUUAGUUGCAUACCGAACCUAUGCUGCAAGGAGAAGCACCUCUACUUAGAAUGGCAAUUCUUUGGUAGAUAAAUUAAAUCGCCUUCCAGCAAGAUCGGGUACCAAGCUGUGAGCAUCUCACUUUAGGAGCUAAUUGUUGAGGCAUGAGAGGUGUGAAAUCUCGAUCUAUUUUAAGGUUUAUCGUCGCAAGUCGGGUGGCACAUUUAGGGUGAGACGUCCUCGGUCGAUCUUGAGGCUUAUCUGUUGAUCAAGUUGGACGACGUGUUUGUGAUGGGACGUUCUCGGUCAAUCUUGAGGCUUUCAGACGACACGUUGGGGUGGGUGACACUGCCUCUAGACGAUCACCGCUAGUGAUGAGUUUUGACAACGAUCUGAUGUUGCACGACUAUUGGUUGAUAGAGGACGAAGACAAAUACAAUGAUAAGGUCGCCGGCAAAAGGAUCAGUCGGGGAAAUUGCAAUCAAAUAAAUGGAAAACUAUGUUAGCUGAAUCAAAGAUAGAAAAAUUGACUAUACCUAUAAUGCCAAAAAUGGACAAAGAUAGAAAAAAAAGACUAUACCAAAAGGCCCAAAAAUGACUAAAUAAAUGGAAAUAGCUUUCGGACAUCAUGUUGUAUUAUUGUUUAGGAAUUAAAUUAUUAAAAAAAACAUCUAUACCUAUAAGCCCAAACAUGAACAAAGAUGGAAUGGGUCAAGGUUGAGG